AUGGGUUUCCUUAAAGACCUUGUCUCAGAAUUCACGCACUCGGGCCAAUCGCAGGGCCAGCAGGGCCAACAAUCUCAGAACCAAUACAACGGCGCCGGCCAGCAGUACGGUGGUGCCAGUCAACAGCCAUAUCCCAGCGCUCCACAAAAUUCAUCCCAGGGCCCUCCUCCUGUCUCCCCACCCUGGAUCGCGGAGUGGGAUGCUCGUGAUAAUCGCUGGCUGUUUGUGAAUCAGCAGUCUGGCGAGCGUACUUUUACCUAUCCUGGGCCAGGCUAUGCGCAGCAACAGGGUGGCUAUGGGAAUCCUUCGGGCGGGUAUAAUGAACAUCAAGGCCAGGAGCAAAACAAGCAGGGAGGUAAUGGGUGGAAGUAUGCAGCUGCGGGUGUGGCGGGUGUUGCUGGGGGUGCCUUGUUGAUGCAUGAGGGAGAAGAGAUGAAAGACGAUUUCGAACAAGACAAAUACCGCGUCGAGAACCGCGUCGACGAAUUCGGCAACCAAAUUUCCAGUCUCCCAGAGAACGCUGCAGGAUGGACAGGCGAGCAAGUUGGGCGCGCAGAAAACUUCGAGGACCGUGUAGACCAGCGCUUCGACAAUGCCGUCAACGACGUGGAAAACUUUCCUGAAAAUGCCGCCGGCUGGACGGGCGAACAGGUCGGGCGCGCCGAGAACUUUGAAGACCGUGUGGAUCAGCGCUUCGACGAUGCUGUGGAUGAUGUUGAGAAUCUGCCUGAGAAUGCGGCGCGCUGGACGGGCGAGAAGGUGCAGGAGGUCGAGGAUAUACCGCAGGAUAUUGAGAAUCGGUGGGAUGAUGCUGUUGGUGAUGUCGAGAGGUUUGAUGAUCGUAUGGAUAAUGCGUAUGAUGAGGGGAGGGAUGAGCAGAGGUACGAUGAUGACUAUUAG